CACUGACACUCUGAUCUCCGACUCUGAAGUCGAUCAUUUCCAUUGAUUUCUCCCCCUCGUGUCCCCCUGUCACGUGUUUCCGUGUUCGUGCCUCCACGCACGGUCCGUGAAGGCGGCAGGGCCUGGCUCGUGCCCUCUUAAUGCCGCACAUUCGCUGCCCCGUGCUGACGGUGGAGCGGGGGUUUGAUGUGCGGCCGUACGGACCAAUGAGCGGCCUGGUCCCGCCGCGGCUCCGCCCUCCACAUGUCCGCUUCUCACGUCCCUCCUCCAGCGGACUGCGCUCGGAGCUCACCGUGGACCCGCCGAGCAUUCCUCCCUCUCCAGACCCGAGGCGCACGAGCACGGCCGCGGGGACACGGACCCAGCGCUGACCGAUCCACGGAGCUCAUGAGGGCGCACCAGGGCGCGUAAGGCAGGCCGAUGUUGGGUCGCGGUGUGAAGCGGAAGUGGAGUUGCCUGGAGGAGGAGCUGGAAGACCUCCCUGCUGCCCCCUGUGUUACGGAGGGCAAACCACACCUGAAUGUGUCUGAUGGCUCUUCACCUCCAGAGGGGCCCGUCGUGGCUCCGUCUAAGUCCCAGCAGAGACAGGUGGUGCUGGGCUUGUGUUUGGAGAAGCUGCAGACUGGAGUGGAGCUCAGCUUAAGGCGCUCCGUUCUGCUCAUCAACACUUUACGACAACUACAGGAAGAGAUGAGGAGCGACGGAGAGGACGUGUGCAGCCACCGUGAGUCUUGUCUUCUCAGGGACAGCAUGAAAGAGGACAUGGCUGUGACCUGCCCCGAUUGUACUGAAGAAGACGACAUAGACAGUCUUUUGCUUCCAGAAUUGUCCAAUCAGGAAGAGGCUAGCCUAAAUGAUCCAAAAACAUUUACCGCAUUUAGCGAUGCAGUGAGCGCUAUGGGCUACCUCAGCGAUCUCGCCCUGGAUGAUAUUUUUGAGGACAUAGACACUUCCAUGUACGAAAGCUCGGAUCUGUCCUCGGCCUGGGCGAGUGGCGUGGGGCUGUGGGAUGAGGAUGUGAAAGUGAAACAGCAGGGGGCACUACAGUCCUGUAUCUCAGAUCUGAAUGAACUGGACCACAUUAUGGAGAUACUUGUCAAGUCCUGAUAUUCCCAAAUACAAGUAAAAAGAAAGUAUUGAUAAUAUGGUUGUUCGAUUUGCAAAGCUUCAUCUGUUUUAGAGGCUCUAAUCACGUCUUUAUAAUAUUCUUGGGUAGUUGUUUUUUAUACUACAGCACCUUAAUUAGCCUAAAUAAAACAUGAACAAAGACGUAAUACAUAACAAACUGUUUAUUAUUAUUCAGGCUUUGUAACUACAUCAUUAUCAUAGACAGUAUAUACAAACGAACAUAGCUAACCUACUGGCCGCCGUGUUUCAAACAAGAAGUGAUCUUGAGCACGCUUCUGGCUCCAUUGGCUUUGGCUCCAAUUCACUUUACAUUGAAAAGCCGUUGCCCCUCUCUGUAACUGCUGCUGUCAGACUCAUCACUUCGGUCUUAAGUGUUCGUAUUAACCCGCUCUACAUGAUCCUGGGGUUUUUACUUCACCAUUAAUAACAGACAAAUCAGGCGCCUUCUUUCCCAGAGGUUGCUCCGGCUAGCGUUAGCAACAGGUUUGAUUGACAGUGUUGCUAAGCACCCACUCCCUGCCUAAACUAGCGAUGCGGGCAAGAAGGGGCAUUACCUUCAACAGCCUCGCUCCAGAUUGGCUCUUUAGUUGCUAUGAUACUCACAGUCAAAAUUCCAAAUAUGGAACUCUGCGCCAGAUUGGCCCCUAUCACUGCUCUAACAUCGAUGAGCUUCAUUUGACUGAACGCUGUGGGUGACGCCACACUCACUUAGUCCACUUCUUUACACAGUCUGUGAUCAUUACUGUCCUAAGCCCUUGAUUAAGUAGUUACUAAGCCUGAAUCAUUCUUAAUAAACUCUGAAUGUUAUGAGUUCAGUCUUUCUGUUUUAUUAAGUCUGUAAACAGUAUAGUUAAUAUUAAGUUAUACAGUUAAUAUUACCUUGAUCCGUUGUCCCUCUGCCUCAAAAAUCUGAAAUGAUAAUCUCUAGAAUUGGCCUAGACCAGUGCGUUAUGUAACUGUAGAAGUUGCGACACAGAGACAGGUUUGGAAUGUUUUGAUUUUUGCUUUUUUUUAUUUCACCUGCAAUGACACUUGGUUAUACAACAUGGCAAGCAGCAAUAUGUGUCUUUAAAAACAAAAACACUUUCUGGGAGUAACUUUGAGAUGACCUUUGCCCUCUUACCCUAAGGUUCUGGGGUCAAUUUGCAGGUUUUGGUAGCAACAAAACCUGACAGUAAGUAGCAUUCUGAGGACGAUAGCAGCUGGUUAAUGUGUCCUGAUGAUUAACAGUAAUUAAACAGCACCAAUCACUGUUUGUUUGUAUUGAGUCACAUUUUAACUUCAGAUGGAGCUUUGCAUUUCGAAAACUGUUUCCUAAAAGCCAUUUUUAUAUAAUUUGCAGAGACACGCCUACUGUACUAUGAACUAUACAGAGAUUUUGUCUUUGUCUCUGGUUUAAUAUUGAAAACCCAGCUUCCCUUUACCAUUGGGAUGAAACCAGAAGCAUUUUUAAAACACAGCGAUGGACUUGACUCUGUUUGGACAAGAUAAGUCAAUGUGAACACAGGGACUUAACACCAAAGACAAUUAUGGGAUGGCUACACAGACUUGGAUUGACUGGAUGCCUUUAUUUAUAUGUUUAUUUAUGAAUGAAAUCACCCACAAACUGCAGUUUUUUCUUGGGACAUUAAUUUAUAAACUGAUCACUUUUGGACUGCAUGUUUUGGCCGCCAUUUUGAGCCGUUAUGUCGUGAAUCUGUUUUAUAAUCACUGGGAGGACAACAUCUCUCCGGCAGCUUCUAUUUAAUAUGUAUUUUAAUGUGCUUUGGACCGAGGGCGAGCCUGCAAGUCAACAAUCAGGACACAACUUUAUGAGAAUUGUAACUUCUUAAAGCCUAAUAUGUAUUUUUAUGAUGGCCUUGUUUUGGAAAAGCAUUUAUUUAGCAGUUAGCAUUUAGCAACGACCGAGUUUCAGUCCUGUGGUUAAAUCCGGUGCUACCUCCAGUUUCAACUUUCCUGAGCCUUCAAACUGCGGUUCACUUUUUAUUUUUGUACAACUAUUUCUGUGGUAGUUUGUGGUUAAACUUUAACUUUAACGUGUACUGACCUAAUAUCAUGUAAAGGCAUUGGACAAAGCCACCAACGUCAUACAGAUGUGCAAUAAUAAUUCAUGUAACAGUUAUUCUAUUGUUGACCCAAGUCAGUCAUUGGCAAAAAAGGAAUGAUCAAAAUGUCAGUGUAAUCCCUCAUUCAUCCACCAGGGUUCUGUAGGAGGGGUGUCCAAACUGUUUUCACCAAAAAAUGGACGUAGCUAACCUUCUAGCUGUCGUGUUCCAAACAGCGAGCUUCCGGCUCCAUCGGCUCCAAUUCACUUUCUAUUGAAAAACUGUGGCCCCUCUCUCUGUAACUGCUGCUGUCAGACUCGUCAUAUAUUAUUAUUAUUGUAUUAACCCGCUCUACAUGAUCCUGGGGUUUUUAUUUCACUUUUGUCUGUUAUUAAUGUUCAUAUCUUGAUUUACAGACACAAAUCAGGUGCCUUUUUCCCCGAGGUUAGCAACAGGUUUGGUAGACGGUGUUGCUAAGCACCCGCUGUCUUCUAAACCCACAGUGCAGGUGAGAAGGGGCGUUACCUUCAACAGCCUUGCUCUGGAUUGGCUCUUUGGUUGCUAUGAUACUUGCGGUCGGGAUUCCAAAUAUGGAAAUGGGCUCCAAAUUGGCCCCUAUAACUGCUCUAGCCUCUAUGAGCUUCAUUUGGAGCUGAACACUGUGGGUGACGUCAUACUCACUCAAUCCACUUCUUUACACAGUCUGUGGUUGAAACGUGUUCGUAGCUAAGGGCCACAGACAGGUGUUCUGUACAGCGCGAGGUUCAGGUAAAUGCAUUACUCAGCUGAAGGUUUGACGGCAAACACAAAUGGAUCUACAGUUUGGACACCUCUGUUCUAUAGUAACAAAGCUUUCAAAGGCUGUGAUCUGAACAAGGUUUUUAAGACAAGUUUUUAAAUAUAAUUAAUUUAUUUUGUCAAGUCUUUUUAAUGUUUGCAUCGCCAGUGAGAUGCAGUUGUAAACCUUUAGCUGCUUUGUCCAUCUUUACACAGAUAAAAGUCUAUCUUCUUGCUGUUUUAUUUAAUUUCACUUCCUCUUUGAAAGCUUAGUAACCCUCCCUCUCUUCAACACUGUGCCUUACUACUGAUACAGAACCUCUUUUAUGAUUUCUGUUUUAGCGUUUCACUUUUGUUCUUUGCUACAGGUAAAAACACUACAUGUAUUCUUAUGUAAACGCGCUGGAAUCUUGUGGAGCCAUGGCUUCCUUUGCCUUCCUCCUCGGCUCUGGCUGCUCUGAGCUUAAUGCAUCAUGACAGGCUGACAGCGAACGAGCUAAAAGGGAGGAGGGGGGUGGCAGCAGCGAGAGAAGAGCCACGAGGAGAGAAAUACAGAGGCAGUCAGUGGGGGGAGGUGGGAGGAAGGAGCCUGCGUCACUGGUUCCUGUGGGCGGGACUUAAAGCUUGUUUUUUGCCCAGCGACCAAUCAGAUGGAGCGAACAGGGAGCUCUCUCGCUUCAAUAACAACUUGUUUUUUGCUGCUCUCUCUGCACAGAAACAAGGGAUUGACUGAGAUUUUCAAACCACUUUUAUAAAAUACAAGAUUUGAACCUGAUUUGCAUGUCAUUUUAAAGUGUUAUUUAAAAGUGUAUGAACGUAAAGCACAACAGUAUAAAUGUAACGGAAGGACGGGACUUAAGCAGGUUUAUGUUCUUUCUGUAUUUUUGUGAGAUCUUUUAUAGAUUUGUUCAUUAAUAUAGUAAAUUGAAAAUACGA